AAAGGUCGGACGGAAGUCACCGAAGCUUCCGGCAGCCCUCUUGGGUGGUCGUUAUGGCUAAGCAUCAUCCGGAUUUGAUCUUUUGCCGCAAGCAAGCUGGCGUUGCCAUCGGAAGACUGUGUGAAAAAUGUGACGGCAAGUGCGUAAUCUGUGACUCCUAUGUGCGUCCCUGCACCCUGGUGCGAAUAUGCGAUGAGUGUAAUUAUGGCUCUUACCAGGGGCGCUGCGUGAUCUGUGGAGGCCCAGGAGUCUCUGAUGCCUAUUAUUGUAAAGAGUGCACCAUCCAGGAGAAGGACCGAGAUGGCUGUCCGAAGAUCGUCAACUUGGGGAGCUCUAAGACAGACCUCUUCUAUGAACGCAAAAAAUAUGGCUUCAAGAAGAGGUGAUUGGCAGGUGGCCCCUGCCUCCCCCAUGAAGCUGCUGCAGCUGCCAGAAAAGACACCCACACCCACCAGCACAGACCUGGGCCCACCCACCACACUCGCCUGCCCCUGUGCUGCCGCCUCACCACCCUCCCCCCUCCCUGGCACGGGCCGGGGUGGGCUCAGAAGAGGAUUCUUCACAGAGCACACCGGCCGGCCACCCAGGGAAAACUGAUAGAUUAGUUCAUGGCUUUCUUUAACUCUUGUGCAGCAAGGCUGUUCUCCACACUGAUGUGUUCUCUGUAUUCCAGGAGCUAAGAAGCAGGAGUCCCUUCCUUCCGGUCUUGUGACAUAGGGCUAACUCUGAAGCCCUCCCUCCCCCAGUGCCCAGCAUGUCCCUCAGCAGCUCAGCUAGAUGGCAGUUGUCCUUGAUGACCCUUCAGAGUGUGGCAGAGAGCUAUCAGGACAGUCAUUGUGAUGCAAGCAUUUACUUGUGUAGCACCGGGUGGUGUGGGUUUCAGGUUUUCUUAUGAAAAUUGGAAGCUCUUUCUGUUGCUAUUAUAUUAAUAAAGUUGGUGUUUAUUUUCUGGU